UAGGGGAGGGGCGCAGCGGGUGCGCGCGGGCGCUGCUCAUGGUCGCCAUGGCUGAGGUGCAGCAACUCCGCGUGCAGGAGGCUGUGGACGCCAUGGUGAAAAGUGUGGAGAAAGAGAACAUUCGGAAGAUGCAGGGCCUCAUGUUCCGGUGCAGUGCCAGCUGCUGUGAGGACAGCCACGCGUCUAUGCAGCAGGUGCACCAGUGCAUCGAGCGCUGCCAUGCCCCUCUGGCUCAAGCCCAGGCCUUGGUCACCAGCGAGCUGGAAAGGUUCCAGGACCGCCUGGCUCGGUGCACUAUGCAUUGUAAUGACAAAGCCAAAGACUCGAUAGAUGCAGGAAAUAAGGAGCUGCAGGUGAAACGACAGCUGGACAGCUGUGUGGCCAAGUGUGUGGAUGACCACAUGCACCUCAUCCCAACAAUGACCAAGAAGAUGAAGGAGUCUCUGUCAUCCAUCGGGAAAUAAAAUUGUUUGCCAGUGACCAUUGGGGCUGAGGGCAGGCUAUUUAAAAGGAAGAAUGGCAGUUUAGUAUAAUAAGCAAUGUUUAUGAAUGA